GUGUUCAGAGACAUACUUCUUUUCAAUAUUUAAAAUACUUCUGAUAUUUCCAAAUGCUUAGAGAUGCUGAUGAUCUAUUAUCUGUUUCAGUAAUGUCACAAGGAUUGAUUUCUGCUGCAUCUCUGAAUCUUCGGGGUAGAUGCAAGUCAAGAUGUUCGUAUGGCGAAUUUGUGUCUCCAGCAGUAGUGUGCCCUAUUCCUGGCAACCUAUUCUGCUGCAAAUGGCCAGGUAAAAUGCUUUUAAUGCAAUAGAGCAACAGUGAUGUACAAGGGGAUUAUUGAGAAAGGGACAUAAUGUGAAUUCAGAUGAGAGUUAAAAAAUGGGACAAUGUCACUGGAUAAAAACUAUGGCAUUUAAUAAUAAUAAUAAUAAUAAUAAUAAUAAUAAUAAUAAUAAUAAAUUUUAUUUAUAUCCCGCCCUCCCCAGCUGAAGCCGGGCUCAGGGCGGCUAACAACAAUAAAACAGUACAAAAGUACAGUACAAACAACACUCUAAAAUCAUUCAUUAUAAAAUUAAUUAAUUCAAGCCACUGGCAACCAUUGGGCCAGAGCUCCGCAAAGAUUGCCGAGGGAGGGAGUCAGGCUGUGCCCUGGCCAAAGGCCUGGUGGAACAGCUCUGUCUUGCAGGCCCUGCGGAAAGAUGUCGGAGUCCCGCAGGGCCCUGGUCUCUUGUGACAGAGUGUUCCACCAGAUCGGAGCCACAGCUGAAAAAGCCCUGGCUCUAGCUGAGGCCAGCCUAACUUCUCUGUGGCCUGGGACCUUCAAGAUGUUUUUAUUUGAAGACCGUAAGUUUCUCUGUGGGGCAUACCAGGAGAGGCGGUCCCGUAGGUACGAGGGUCGUAGGCCGUAUAGGGCUUUAAAGGUUAAAACCAGCACCUUAAACCUGAUCCUGUACUCCACCGGGAGCCAGUGCAGCUGGUAUAGCACCGGGUGAAUGUGAUCUCGCAGCGAAGACCCCGUAAGGAGUCUCGCUGCAGCAUUCUGCACCUGCUGGAGUUUCUGGGUCAGUCUCAAGGGCAGCCCCACGUAGAGCGAGUUACAAUAAUCCAGUCUGGAGGUGACCGUCGCGUGGAUCACAGUGGCUAGGUCAGGGGGCGAGCGGGAAGGAGCCACCUGCGUAGCGUGGCGGAGAUGGACAAAUGCCGCCUUUGUUGUCGCUCCAAUCUGCGCCUCCAUGGAAAGGGAGGUGUCAAAGAUUACACCCAAACUCUUCACGGCUGGUGCGGGGACGACUUGCGACCCCGCACGAGCUGGGAGUUGCCCCCCCAAUCCCAUAUCGUCCCGUCCCAGCCACAGGAACUCUGUCUUCGAAGGAUUUAGCUUCAACCGGCUCCCACGUAACCAUCCAGCCACAGCUUCCAAACAUCUGGUCAGUGUGUCUGGGGCCGAGUCAGGAUGGCCAUCCAUCAACAGAUAGAGUUGGGUGUCAUCAGCAUACUGAUGGCAACCCAGCCCAAAACUCCGGACAAGCUGGGCGAGGGGGGCGCAUAAAGAUGUUGAAAAGCAUCGGGGAGAGUAUCGCACCCUGAGGUACUCCACACACCAAGGAGUGGCGCGAUGACAAUCCCUCCCCAAGCACCACCCUCUGUCCCCGACCAGAGAGAAACGAGCGCAGCCAUUGAAGGACUGUGCCCUGCAUCCCCACGUCGGCAAGGCAGUGGUGCAGAAGUUCGUGAUCGACCAUGUCGAAAGCUGCUGACAGAUCUAGAAGAAUCAGCAGCCCCGACUCACCUUGAUCCAGCUGUCUACGAAGAUCAUCUGUUAGGGCAACCAGAGCCGUCUCGGUCCCAUGACCAGUGCGGAAGCCGGACUGGAAUGGAUCCAGAGCCGAUGUUUCAUCCAGAAACCCACCAAGCUGUUCAGCAACCACUCUCUCAAUCACCUUACCCAGGAACGGAAGAUUCUAAACCGGGCGGUAAUUGGAUAGAUCUAAAGGAUCUAAUGAUGUUUUCUUUAAGAGCGGGCGCACCACUGCCUCCUUCAGUUCCUGGGAAUGUCCCCGUGCCAAGGGACAAAUUGAUGAUAUCCCCCAGGAGGGACCGCACCUCGUCUGGACACGCUCUAAUCAGCCAAGAUGGGCACGGGUUGAGAGGACAGGUGGUGGGCUUUCCAGCUCGGAGGAGUCUGUCCACAUCGGCUGGGGAUAUCUGGUUGAAGUGGUCCAAUACUGGACCCAAGGACAGUCGAGGGGCCUCCAGUCGAGGGGCCAAUUUAGCUAUUGGACCAUUUUUUCUAAGUAUAAGGGAAGAUGUUAAUGGUUCCUUUUCUCCUUUGCUGAAGUGUCCCAAGGAUUGGUUCACAGUGUAGGCAAGAAAUGUCAAUGCAAGUUAACAUGUGGCAACAGUGAAUAUGCAUCUUCAGCAAGAGCCUGUUCUAAUCCAGACUUUGUCUUCUGCUGCAAAAAGCGAGGUAAUAUUCUCAUAUUUUUAUUGUGCUGGAGCAACAAUGAUGCAUGUGUGGGAUUUCUGGGUCAUGAUCUCAGUGGGUGGGUAGAUACUGGCCCUGUGUAGGGCAAUGGGAAAUGGAACAAGUAUUUUUGAAAAAGCUCUUGAAUUUGCAGGGAUAUCACAACUCAGGGCUUUGAUGUCUCAACGAACCAGAGGGAAAGGAACUCUUUGGCAAUUUUUGGAAAUGGAAACCUCACAAAUCUUUCUUUGAACUGUUGAUAGACUGAAUUCUCCCUACAUUAUUAUUAUUAUUAUUAUAUGCUCUGAUAUGUUGAUGAUCUCUUGUUCUCUGUCAAGACAAAGAGUCUAAACAAUUGACAAAUGCUACAGCUCAGAAAUGUGUGGGUAGAUGCAAGGCAAGAUGUUCCAAGGGUGAAAAGG